UUUUCUGUCCUAUAUGUUUAGUUAUAAUGCACAAUGUUUGUUCUUUUUAUUCUAUGUUAUAGUAAAUUGACGUUUGUGCUUUAAGAUCAAAUUAUACAUUAGGAUUGCAAAAAUUCCAAUUCUAUGAUAAAGCAAAAUCACUCGGUGAUCAGCCAUUAUUUGAGGAAUUUUAUAUGUUUCGUGCAAUGGUGCGGAGUGAAGGUGAAAAGUGCUUGACAUAUGUGCACGAGGUGAGGAAAAGGUGGUGUUGCUGGUAGGAGGGAACGUGCUAUUAAGAGAGGUCAAGUGUCUAUCGAAAUGGAUGAAAUGCAUCAGGAAGAUGCCCAAGCAGUCCCGGAAGAUGAUCCAGCAACAACAAAUUGUAAUAUUAGUUCCACUUCAAGAGGCGACACUCACGAAUUCACUCAGGCAUCAGCUAUGACAUAUCAACCAACAACUACUCAAAUUGUGCCAUACAUGACGCCACAAACUCCACAAUAUUCAAGAGAUCCAAGUUUUUCGUCUUUUGAGAAUAUAUUUGUUGAGAAUGGUCCUGUUUUUAACUCAUCGCCUGUGCAAAUGUCCAUCGAUAUCCCUGAGGCCACUAAUAGAGAUGAUGGGCAGGACUGCAAUAUUGAGAUACAAGGUAAUGAGUUGGAUGAUUCCAACGAUGAAGUGGAUGGUGAACCAUCAAUGAGGCAGAAGCGUAAAAUUAUUCGUAAGCGUUGUGCGACCGGGAGUCACUUUCUUGAUCAGCACGGUAGGAUUAAAAAGCAGCGCUGUAGAGGUAAAAAGCAGCAAGGUAGAAGCAAAAAUAAAUGAAUGCAUCACUAAUAGUUUGGCUUGUAAGUAAGAUGAAGGCACAUAAUCUCGCUGAUCUAGUUUAGUAGGAAUGAUCUCCUUUUUUUUUUUUUUUUUUUGCUAACUGUAAGUAAGAUGAAGGCACAGUUGGUGUAUUAUUUUUUUUUGCUUUUUGUAUUCAGCUACGUUUUCUAUGCUAUGGUGCAAAGAAGUUUUAAUUGGAA